CAUAGCAUUACACUUCGACAAAGUAACAAAUAGAAACUUAAGUUCAUUUUGUUGUCUGUAAUCUAGUCACAGGGUUAACACUGGGACCUGUUAAUCUGUCUUUACUCCUACGCGACUGUUUUCUUUGGCUGAAGUAAACCGAGCCGUCUUAGGUUAACAAAGGUUCAACUAUUACCUCCAAGAUGCCUUCGUCCAUUAUCACCGGAGCAGCUCUUUUCUUGCUGGCGCACGCCUUCCUGGCAGAUGCUGGUUACAACGCCUGUGAGUACAGCGAACUAACAAAGUGCAACAAUGUAUUUAUGUCCAGCUUCAAGCUUCCUGUUCUACAGCAAACCGUUGGAGGCGUUUACUGUCAUGGAUUCCAGGUUUACGCCAACUGUUUGAGUGCUUCACUUUGUUUUGGCAAAUUCCUGGACCUCAGUCGCUUCAUGAUCCUGCAGCACAUGAUCAUGGAUAAGACCUUAAACGUCUGUCCUCUUCACAACCUUUGGUCUUUAAAGAACACCGUUCAAGCCAACAAGAAAUACCGCAAGAAGAUUGACCAAAUCAUAGCUGUUGACGCGGAUGACUAUGCAGACUGCGCAGCUAAGAUACACCGCGAUUGUACCUCACAAAUGGCUAAAGAUUUGGCCUCAAACGACAAAAUGUGCUUUGGAGUCGAGAACUUUCUUCAGUGUUACGAAAACCACAAGAAUUCCUGCAAAGCCAAAAUAUACAAGCACUUCCUCAACACUGUCAAAAAGGUGGCAAAGACAUUGGUAAAGAUGUUCAAGGAAAGGAAAGGAGUAAUGCCAAAUUGCUAGACCUGCAACCGGUGCAUCUCAUGUAUUUUUAGAUAGAUGAAGGAAAAAACGAAAGUGUCUCUGUGUGGGCUAGGUCAGUCCUUACAAUUAAACAUAUUUAAAUGACAUAAAAAUCGUGAUAAAUCAUUUACCAUUUGUCAAUAAUUUUAAAAGAGAAAGAUUAAAACUAUCACUAACUAUCAACGUAA